GUCUAUCACUAUAUCUCUAUCAACCCUCAUUUUACCCACAAGCCCAGAGAUCACCCGCAUAUGUAGUUAAAUAUGUGCGUUUGUGUAUAUGUGCACUAAUCAAUUUGAAAUAGUCAAGUUGAAAAGGAAAUGAUACUAGUCUGUGCUUGUAUCUCCUGUGGAUUUAGUUGCUGUGGUCCAUUAUUUUUCACAGACAUGACCUCGGCCACAUGAUAAUCAGGUUAUUGGCUUCAUACUCAUUGAUUACCACCCCCCUCUGCUCUAGAAACUUAUUUAGAACUCUGGACGUGGGUGAACGCAGAUGAAACAUGCAUAAACUUUCAAGCUGUCUCCCAUUGAAUUCACAUUCCAUUUUUUGAGCUGUCUAAAGUCUGGGUUUAGCUCUGCCUUGGUCCUAUCGAUCCAUGUAUUAUAACUCACAUGAAUGGGUUGCUAUGUGUUCUUUAGAAAUGAUAAUAAGGGUGGUAGCAUCCCGAUUCAGGAGAAUAGCAGAACGGGAGUAAGGGUGAUGGUGAGUUUGAGUGGGUGAGUACUUUGUAAGGGUGUAGAAAAUUUUUGGGUGUGUGUGAGCGUAUGGUCACCAGUGCUAUGAAGGCAGGAGCACAAUAAAGGCACAAUUCCAUAAGGCCAACAACUAAAUUGUAAAUAACAGUGAUUGCACACCUACACACAAACUGAGAAUAAUGGAUACAGUGACUGAUUUUUUCACUCUCAAAACUUGCUCCUCUAACCCGUGCACUGGCUCACAAAUAUACAGUACCCAUUAACGAAUGGGUUGUGCUGCCUAAAUCAGGUUGAAGCUAGCUGUAACACAGACUAACAGACAGACAGCACACCCAUCUGUCGAUAGAGUAAAGUGGAUUAUUUGGCACUUCCGUCUAUCAUAAAUCAGGGGACUGACAAUUUAAAUCAUAUUUAUAGAGACAGAUUGGGACGUCUUACGUUUAUCACGUUACAAACUGUGCAAGAAAACAAAGACAAACAUUUUGUGUAUAAUUCAAAUAUUGGAAUUCAUUUUAAAAUCGAUAAAACCAAGUAUUUGAAAAUUUCCUAUCGUAUUAACAAAUUUCAUAUAAAUAAAGAAAACUGCGAUGCUAAUGAAUAUUAAUAAUUUCAUGGGAUCAAUUAUGCCAAAAACAUCAACACCAACAAAAGAGUUGACUGGAACUGAUUAUACCGAUGGGUCAUCUGGUCACGAUAUGAUUAAAACCGAUUUAUUAAAUUCUUACACAAACACUUUGUCGUCAGUUGCUAGCUCUAAGAAACUUACUACUAACAAAAAUAUCAGUAGCUAUAACUGUAACAGAUCAAUUUUAAAAGAUAGUGAGACGGAAGCUUCGGUAGAAUGCUUGUCAAAGGAUGAAUCUUAUCAUAAAACGAACUACAAUAGUGCUGAUUUUUUACAGGGUUAUACACUUAUAAACAAUCAAGAGAAUCUUGAAGCAAAUGGGUUGAAAAUGCGUCUCUUAGCGACGCUCGCUGAUAUGAUUCCACAUGAUGAAAGUUUAAGUUUACGUCUACUGAUGAGCUACACAAUUGAUGAUCAAGAAAGUGAGUGUGUUGUUAUUGAUGAAACACUGUGUCGAGGGGGAAAGCGUAAUGAAACCAACAAUAAUAGUUUUCAAAAUUGUUUAGAUAAACCAGAAAGUAAGAGUGGAAUUCAUGAAAUGCUACUCAAUGAAAGAAAACCUAUCUUGAGUGCAAUAUCUCUUGAACAUUCAACUAGCCAACAAAGUACUUCAAAUGAAGCUGAUGCAUUAGACUUGUCUCUACAUAAUGAAACAUCUGAUUCCAUGGACUAUCAUAUAGAUUCUUUGAAUACAAAACCAAUAAAACAAGAUUAUACGUCACAAGCAAUUAUUGACGGUGUAAUUAGUGAAACAAAAUCCCCAUGUUGUAUACCAUCGAGUUUGUUAUCAUCUAGCCUUGUACAGUCCAAUAUGAAUUCGACAAAAGCUUUGGAUACAGUUGUAGCUACAACAUCUGCAACUAAUUCGAUUAAUCAAAUUCCAUUAUUUGAUACGUCUAUAUUAGCAUUACUUCCAUUAUUACAGCAACAACAACAGUCUCAACAAAUACAGCCAAACCAACAAAGUACAAAUACAUUAGCAUAUCAAAAUGUUUUAAACCCAAGUUCAUUGUCAUUACUUCCUGCCACUAUUCCUACUUCAAUGACAACAAUAAGUGCAACGAAAUCAAGUCCUAUCACUUAUAAUUAUACAGGUAUGUCGACAAAUGCCAAUUUGCUAUUCAAUCAAUUAUAUCCAACACAAUUGCAACAAAAUAUUCAACAAACCAAUAAUUUACUUACAACACAUUUGAGUAGUAUAAUACCAAAACAAACAGAAACAACGACAACAGAAUCAACUUCGACAGCAGUUUUAAAUACAAUCGCAGGUUCAUUAACAAACAAUGCAGUUAACACCCAGUCGCUUUUAAAUACAGCAUCUGUUAUAGGAUUCCCAUUAAUAAAUCCAUUUUCACUCCAUACAAAUAUUACUAGUAAUAGUAGUACCAGUAACAACAAUAGUAAUACUGACCAAUUUAAUGCUUUCCUACCAUCUACAUCAUUUCUCGGAACAACAUCAACAUCUACACUUUCACAAGCAUUACUGACUCAACCAACACCAUCAUUAUCAUCAUCACCAUCGAAUAUUACAUCAAUAAGUUUAGGAUCGACAAAUACCACUGCUACAUUAUUCAAUGUCAAAGAUAAGCAAACAGGUUUAAUUGAAACUGUAGGUAUAAUGCCAGGUAUAAAACAUUUAAAUCAACCAAUUGCAUCAUUAAUCAACCAGUUAACUCUCAAUGCUUCGUCUAAUAAUAAUAAUAAUAUUUCACUUAAAACACUCUCAACAUUAUCCCAACUAUUUAAUAGUAACCUCCUUACAACAAUAUCAACUCAUAAUUCUACAAAUCAUAAUACUAAUAAUAAUAAUACAAAUUCUACAAAUUUCAAUAUAGUAAAUAAUCUAACUAUACCAACAAUAGUAAAUACCCAUAUUAAUAAUAAUCAUAUUUCUUUGGAUAAUGGAACAAUGAAUGAUAAUGAACUAAUAACAAUAGAGAAAACUCAUAUUAAAUCAUCUUCAAGUGCAAGCAUAUUAUCGAAUAGUUCUAGUCCAUUAUAUUCAUUAAAUAAUCAUUCAACAGAUAAAUUUUCAAAACUAAAUUCAACAAAAAAUCAUAAAAAUGAAAAUAUGAAAUUAUCAGUGCAACAAAAUCAACAAUCUAACACCACAACAACUACUACUAAUACUAAUACUACAACUGCUAAUAGUAAUUUUUUAUUUGGUCGAAGAUUAGUUCUUAGUCGUCGUUUUAUUUGUAAUCAAUGUCGUCGUAAUUUUUCAUCAUUAGCUGAAUUAAAUCGGCAUACAAUUGAAGCGCAUAAUUCAUUUCGUUGUACAAUUUGUUCAGCACAUUUUACACAAAGAUCUAAUCUACAACGACAUUCAUUGAAACAUGUUGGUUUUAAACCAUUUACAUGUAAUCUAUGUAAAAAAGAAUAUUAUCGUAAAGAUCAUUUAGUUAGACAUAUUGAAGUAACACAUCCAACACAUGAUCCUAAAAUGAAUAUUACUGUUCAUUUAACAUCAUCAGAGUGUUUAGAUUAUUUGGAUAGAUUACAAGCUGGAAAACAAUCACAAUCACCAUUAUUACAUCAUAAUCAACCGGAGAAUAAAGAAUCAACAUCUAAUUUAGGUUCAGAUGUUACUACAAAUAUUACUACUACUGCUGCUGCGAUUACCGCUACUACUAUAACUACGGGUAGUAGUAGUAGUAUUAAAAACAGUACUGCUUCUGACCUAUGCAAUAAGAAUAGUAUUUACAAAGACGAUUUUGAUUUAAUGAAUGAAGAGUCCAUGAAAAUUGAAGAGGCUACAUUAGAAACACCAGAUAUUGAAAUGAACGGAGACAAUGAUAUCAAUAAUAGUAAUAAUGACGAAGAUAUUGAAGAACAAUAUUACAGUAUGACCGAUUGUAAUGAAAUUAGUUAACUACAAUUGAUUAAUGAAUUAAAAACAAACAGUCAAUAAGUGUAAAAAAAGACUUGAAAACUAUUUCAUCGAAAUUUCCAUUUUUGUGUGUAUUUACUUGCACAACAUGCAUCUGAUAAUGCACCGGUCUCUGUGUUAUUACAGUUUACUAAUUUCUCAAAAACAUCGGUAGUUUCUUUUUUUCCUACUAAAAUUGCAUUUAUGAUAAACAUUUAAUGUUGUGAAUAACAUUGAAAUCUGUCAGUUACCUUUGAAAUACCAUUCAGCAUUAUUAUGUAUUUAUUUAGUACUUAUAUAAAGGGAUAUAUGCUAUUGUGCAGUUCCACUUUUCCAAAUGUUUAACCAAUUACACAAAGAAGUGAAAUGGAAUAAAUGAAAUGAAUAAUAAACAAUAAAUCUCAAUCAUGUUAGUUCCUGUGAUUAAUUAAUUCUUCCAAUCUUUUUUUAUGAUAAAGCUCUUUUUAUAUUGUGUUUCAUUGGAUAACAAAUAAUUCAUUUUUAUAUAUACAUGCGUGCAAGGUCGGUUUGAACGAUAACGUAGACCUUAUUCAACAUUCCAUAAUAGAAAACAGAGAAAUGAAUUUGGAUGAUGAAAAAUUUGACAGAGUAUGUUAUAUUAAAAGUGGAUCUCUUUUGUUUCUACUUCUUGUCUUUUCCAUACACAAACAUGUUUUUUUAUAAAGUUACUUUUUUGCUUUCAUUUAAUGAGUUUGUAAUUUGUCUUUUAUAUUUUAUUAACGGUUACUUCUAUCAUUCCUAAAUGCUAUUUAUGUUAUUACCACCACAAAAACCAACUGAUUGUAUCGAUAUUCAGUAUUGUCAUAUCUAAUUCAUAUGUUUUACGCUCAAUAAUUCCGCUUUAUGAAACAGGUUAUUUAGUAGUUCGUAAUGAAGAAAACAUCAAUAGAGAAGUGACUAUUUUAGACUGAUAUCUUUGAUAUUAAUGUCAUUUUAAAUUGACGAUUUUUUGGGAGAAAAAGAAAUGUAAUUUAUACCUGUUUACAUGAUACUAGCAUGAAGUGUCUGUUAGAAUAUACCCUAAAAGGUUAGUGUUUUGUUAAAAAGAUUUAUAUCUUGUUAAUCAUUUUAAGUAGCACAUUUACGGAAAACUGACUAAUCACUGAGUGGUGACUUAAGUCAUGUUUAUCUAGACCUUAGUGUUGAUUGAAUAUUACGGAUUCAAUUACAAUGUGACCACUAGUCUAAGUGACUCGAUACAGUGUGGGCUGUUGUGUUAGGUGGUUAAAGGCACUCGACAUGAAACUCCAGACCCAGGUGUCGUAUUACUUAUCACUCAUCAGCAAGGUUCACCUGAUGUUUCUCGAUGGGUAAGAAAUCCUUACCACACAGCUUCAAAACUCAAGGCAUUACCACUGAGCUAUUCAGGCAGUGACUGGCCUUUUUUUAGAACUGAAAUGGUCGUGUUGAUUAAUCAUGGAAUAGGAAUCAAUAUCAUGCUUGUUCAGACCAGGGUUUUCAACCGACAAACUUUAACCACCUAAAGAACGGUUACGGAAACACUUACAGAAUGAAAUUAAUUCAUUAUAUUUUAACGAAGGACAAAUACCGGCAGAUUGAAAGGAGAGAUAACUUGUCAAGAUAUCGAAGAAAAUAAAUCAUAGUAGGUGUGAGAAAUACAGAGGCAUCAUACUACUAUUCAUAUCAGGAAAAGUCCUCGUCGGCAUUACUGAACCAAAGAACGAUCCAAUGGACUCCCAACUUCGAGACCAACAAGUUGACUUGCGUAAGAUCCGAUUGUGUGCUAACCAAAUCGCAACACUACGGAUCGUUAUUGAACAAUCAACAGAAUCGAACUUGUCACCAUACAACAACUUUCUUGAAUAUGAGAAAGCAUUUGAGAGAGAAGAUAGGAGAAUCCUCUCCGAUACUAUGAUGCGCCUGAGAUUUUCACAAUCAUAUAGAAAUCCUGAGACAGACUACACUGCAUAGUGUAAAGAAAGCAGUAAACAGAUGCAUUUCACGAGAUAACAGUUGUCAGAUAAAGCUACUUUUGUCCUCUCUCCUUCUAGUGGUUAACUGGAUUAUGAAGGCCUCCCCAAAUCAGGGGAAGCACGGAAUACAAUGGACAGCAUGGAUUCAGCUAGACGAUUUAGAUCUCGCAGAAGCCUUGCCACUUCUAUACAUACACAGCAACCAAUACAGGAGCAGACAGCCAGUGUAGCAGUAGUAGGCUUCAACACUAACAAAGAAAAAAGUGAGAUCCUAAGAUACAACACAACCGGCACCAACCAAAUCACAUUUGAUGAAGCUCUGGAAGAGGUGGAAAUUUAUAUACAUAUGAGCAUCACUGAUAAACAAGGAGAGUCCGAUACAGAUGUGGAGGCACGGAUUGGCAAAGCAAGGGAAGUAUUCUUACUAGUGAGGAAUAUCUAGAACUCAAAGAACCGUCACUCGAGAUCAAAGUCAGAAUUUUCGACAAGAAACCUAAAGCAGUUUUUUGUACAGAUCUGAAAUUUGGGAAAAUACUAUAAAUAACAUCAAAAAGGUGCUGGUAUUGAACAGAUUUCUAUGAAAGAUACUCUAGAUCUAAUUGCCAGAGACUACCAACAAUAACCUACUAUGGCAGCGAAAAAACCACCUCCCAGCUGGAUAGGAAAUCUGGAACAGACAACCGAGGUGGAUAGGUCACACUUUACAGAACUGCAUCGCUGGGUAAUCCCUAACACGGAAUCCUCAAGGGAAGACAUUAAUAGAACGAACAGCACUAGACAAGUGGAAAGGAGAGCCCAGGAUGGAGUAGGUUGAAGAUACCAG